UCAAAUAUCAAUUGUUUUUAGGAUGCCUAGUACACUUCACUAUCUUGAAAUACAGUUAUUAUUGUUGUUAUUUUAGAUGACGUUGCAACAAUUACAGUUGAUGUUCUUGCCAGCACUUCAUGGGAAAUGAAAAUAGAUUUUGGAGAUGGUGUUACUCAAACUAUUAAUGGGAAUAACAGCUCGACACAUACUUUUUCUAAGAAUUACAUGGUACCCAGUGACUAUAAAGUUCAAGCAUCUUUGCGAAGCUUAGAUGGUAGGAGUUGGAUUACUGCUGAGGAUGUUACCAUUACUGUUGUUGAUAGUUACGUCCUCUAUGAACUCAAAUGUCCUGUUGUUGUGCUGCCAGCUUCUGAGACUAACUGUACUUUGACUUUCUUUCGGGGGUCAUUUCUGUCCAUGAAAUUUCAAUCCGAUACAGAUACUGAUGAUGAUGAUUCUUAUUAUGAUGUUCCAGAUCCAUUUUAUAUGGCUCUUGGGCAACCUAUUCCUAUUGAUUCAUUCUCAAUUGAAGAUCAAGAUCUUUCUGACAAAAUUGUUCUCUUAGCUACAUCAGAAGUUAAAGCUAAAAGCAACAUCAUAGGCUUCCAACUUCAUGCUCAACAAAAAGGAACAUUUAUUUUUUACGUCUUAAAACCAACAUGUGACUCUGGAGAUUAUUGUGAAGAUUCUUUAGAUUGUGGAUCAUCCUGCAACUCUUGGAACAUCCGAAGUUGCGAUGAGGGAUCUUCUCUCUGCUCCCUCAUCUCACGGUGUGUGGAUCCUGACUCUUUGCCUUCGUGUGCAACCAACUUGUCUUUCCACUCAAAUUACGAGGUUGUUCAUGAACUUGAUGUUGAUGUCCCUGAUUCUGGUUUUACUCAUAAAUUAUAUCCUGACACUAUUGGACCAGAGAUAUUACCAGGAUACAUAUUUGGCUUCAAGUCUGUUGGCAAUUUUCGACUCUCUUACAGAAAUUGUACUUCCGAAGAGAUUGCAGAUAGAUUGAAGGAUGAGGAGGAUGAGUAUUUAGGAGUUUUACAUCACCUAAGAGUGAUAAUCGUUGAGGAAGAGGAGUUGCACAUGCCAAUUACGUACAAUGAUACUGGAACAUAUUCGGUAUCUGUGAUUGUAGAAAAUUUGUUUUCUAAUGACCUGGAGAAUAAGGAUAUUUCGGUUCAAAUUCCAAUUACUAAUCUUUCUUUGACAAUCAGUUAUGAGGAUGUUCUAGUGGGAGAAAAUGUAACUAUUCUUCUGUAUUAUAUUGGAAGCAACAUCGAUGCUUAUUGGAUCUAUUAUGAUGCAACAGAGUACCAAUUUUUAAAUGAGCCUAUAACUGAGUCAGGGUUAUGGAAAAAUAUCUCAUGCAAUUCAGCUGGAAGUUAUAGUCUUGGUGUCAAUUUAACUAACUUAUGGAAUACAGAAUAUGAUUCUAAAGAUUUCAAUUGUUUCUGGCCUAUUAGUAGAAAUUGGUCCUUAACUUCUAACUCUCCAAAAUCUACACCUCCAGGAGACAUUCAGUUUGAGUUGAAAUAUUUUGGAAGUAAUUUACCAGUUCCUGCAUCAUUUGUGGUUGAAUAUGGAGAUAAUGUUGUAGAAGAUGCAGUUGACAUAGAGUCUGAAUCAUCGAAUGAAUGGAAGACAUAUUUUUCUCAUUGUUAUGAAAAUGGAGGGAAUUUCACUGUGUCCGUCAAUAUUUCAAAUCAUUUGGAUUGGGAGGCUUUUGAAAUUGCGGUCAAUGUAUAUGAAGGGCUGGGUAAUUUAUCUGUUACUCCUUUUUAUGUUGCAUCUGGCUCAUAUCCUGUGGAUAAAAUUGAACUGAAAGGAAGGGGCAAAACUGACGCUCCUUUAGAUUGUACAAUUUAUUUCGAAAAUAACAUAACCGGUCAUGUCAAUGUUUAUGAAAUAAAAUUUGAAGAUGAAAGUUACAAGGAAAAUUCAAGCGAGUCUGUUAUAUCUUAUUCUUUUUCUAAGAUUGGAGAAUGGAAAAUUUCUUUUGUAGCUUGGAACUCUGAAGUUAAAGAGCAGAGCAAUUCAGUUACGUUACUUAUAAGAAUCCUCGCUAGCAUAUCAGAUUUUGAGUUCACUGCCAGCACAAAUGCCACUGAAGUGGAUGAAAUUGUGGAGUUUACAAUAACCUUUACUAACUUGGAUGACUAUUCUUGCAUUAUGUUUGACGGAGGAGAUGAGGCAAAACUAGUAGCAUUUGGAAACGAAGAUAUUUGUACUUUAUAUUAUGAAGAAAGAAGCUUUAAUUUCGUUAAAAAGUCUUCAGCAAGGAAACGGAGAGAUGUUAAAAAGGCAGAGUGGAAAGAUGAUUCUACAAUCAGCAUUUUGUAUGAGUAUGCUUUCGGUGGAGAUUUCCCAGCAUCUGUAGAUGUCUUUAACUCAGUUAGUAGACUCAAGAAAGAAACAACUAUUUCUGUGUCUGACGGAGAAUACGAGAAUCCUUUACUUUGGAUUGAUAAAAACUCUACAGACAAAGAACGUCCUAUUGAGCAUUUUAGAGGCCAUUCAUUUAGGUGUGAAACUACAGCCAUUUUUAGAAGUAGCAAAUCUUAUUUAGCCUCUCAGUUGUGGAGUGCUUAUCAAAUAAAUGAAAAUGGUGAAGAAGAAGAAAUAGAUAUCAGUGAUUUGAAAACUCACAAUUGCUCAGCAUUGAGAAUUUCCAAACGAUCCUUACCUAUUGGUUUAUAUAAAUUGAAAUAUACAAUAACAGUUUAUGAUGAAGUGGAGGAUAAUGAAACUGAUUACAAAAACUUUGAGAUAUCGUUUGAUAAUCAUACUGUUCUCGGAAGACGAAGUGUAUUUACAUAUCUUGAGAUAAUUCCUACUCCUCUUAUACCAAUGCUGAUAAAAGGUGGUGCUUCUUUUGUUCUUCGUAGUUUUGGUCAAACAUUGCAUCUUGAACCAACUAUUUAUAGUCAAGACCCUGAUUACCCAGAAGAAAGAAAUUUUGAAAUUACUUGGUUUUGUUCUCGAUUUGAUACCAGUGAAUCCUUAACUGAAACGGGAAAGCAUGAAUAUGAAUCUGAAAAUCCUUCAAAGCCAAUUGAAGACAGAUCUACAAUAAGUGAUGANAAAUUCCAAUGA